GCUGCCAGCUCGCGACGUGCCGGUCACGUGACCUGGCGCUGCUCCAGGCGGGCCGGUCAGGGCGCGCUGCGGCGUCGGCAGCGGCGGCAGCGGCAGUGGCUCGUCAGCUCCCGUGCCGCUCCGGUCCCGUCUUUCUCUGAAGGUCCCGCUCUCCAGACUUCCAAAAUGUCCGACGAGGAGGAGUACAGCUCGGAUGAUGAGGAGUCUGGGGCGCAGAGGGCCGCCGAGGCACGUAGGCGUUUACAGGCAGAGGAGAAGAAGAAGAGGGCCGAGGUCGACCGAAAGAAGGCUGAGGUCCGAAAGCGCCUCGAGGAGACCUCUCUCGCCAAGAAGGCCAAGAAGGGUUUCAUGACCCCAGAGAGGAAGAAGAAACUCAGGUUACUGCUGAGAAAGAAGGCCGCUGAGGAGCUGAAGAAGGAACAGGAGAGGAAAGCAGAGGAAAGGAGGAGGAUCAUCUCCCAGAGGUGUGGUCAGAAGAAAAACACAGACGGCGCCAAUGAAGCCGACCUCGUGCAGAUUUGCCAGGCGUACCAGCAGAAAAUCGAGGAGCUCGAGGCCUCCAAGUGGGACCUUGAGCAGGAGGUGGAAGUCAAGGACGCUCAGAUCAACGAGCUUAACAUCUCGGUGAAUGACCUCCGCGGAAAAUUCAUCAAGCCAACCCUCAAGAAGAUCUCCAAAUACGAGAACAAGUUCGCCAAGCUCCAGAAGAAGGCGGCUGAGUUCAACUUCCGGAACCAGCUCAAGCAGGUCAAGAAGAAGGAGUUCACCCUUGACGACGAGGACAAGGACUCUGGCAAGCCGGCGUGGGCACCAAAGCACGAUGAGAAGAAGCCGGCCUCUGAGAAGGGCGAGGAUGGCGAGGCGACCGACGACGCCCCUCCCGAAGACCCGGGUGAGGAGGCGCCCCCCGCCAGUGAGGAGGCGCCCGCGGCCAGUGAGGACGCGCCCCCGGAGGAGGUGACCGUCGAGUGACGCUGCCGCUGCCGCCCACCCCGCUGCUCCGCUGUCCGCCCGCCUGUCCGUCUGCCGCCGCGAGCGCCGCGCCUCUCGCUCGCACGGUGCCGGGCCGCCGCAGCCGGGCACCGCGGCUCCGGCGGCCCGGCCGGCCGGCGCCGGCGCGCGCGCGGCCACUCCAAUUGUCACACAUUUGUCGUCUGUGGGUACGUUUUCCAAGCGUGCGAGACGCUUGGCCACAGAGGUAGCGGCCGCUUCGCUUCGCUACGCUUCGUGAAUAGUGGCGGUGCUUUAUUUUGCCCGAAAGGCAAAGACAAUAAAAGGAAUCCUGUUUAUA